AUGUUGAUGGUAACUGCGGGGGAAAACCCUCGUCCAGAUUUCGAAGAGUCUUUACGAGUUGUUAAAAUAGAUGACACUCAUUAUAUUGGUGCACACUGUUUAAGAAAACCCGUUGCAAUGGCCAGAGGUAUUUAUGGAGGACAUAUGAUUGCUCAGUCUUUAUUAGUUGCUAUAGAGUCGACGAGAUCGGAAACGACUAAUGAAGUAAUGAUUCCAGAUUCUUAUCAUUCAUUUUUCAUCAAUGCAGGAAAUAACAAGACACCUAUGGAGUAUGAAGUAUUGAAACUAUAUGAUGAUGAGUUUAUUAGCAAAAGAUCCAUUGUUGUGUCGCAACACGGAAAGAAUAGGCUUACAUGUGUGGUAAUAUUGAGGAAACAAGGAACAAAACCAUUGCACAAGAUUGAUGAAAGUAUUCCACCACCAGAAAUUCAAACCAAAUAUCCUGAUCCUGAUAAAUUGCAUCAAGUCCAACAUACCGAUUUUUGCAGAAAUGCGUUUGAUGAUGACUUUGUGGACCAUAAAAGAACUCCUGAGGAGAAUAAGCUACAUUUCGCUGAGCGUUGGGUAUCUGUCUUUACCGGGUUAAAAAAUAUUCCAGAACCAGGCACCAAAUAUGACAAGGUGAAGGAUGCUCUACCAGAUGCUUUGGGUAACGUGCACAGCUUUGAGCUUGAUAUCCUUCGACCCAAGAACUCACAAUCGAUGAAGGAUCCAAUAUACAACUAUGUCGGACUUGGAGAGAUUUCUGAUAGUAGUUUCAUCACAACAAUGGCUCGUGUAUUGCACAUUCCUUGGGCCCCAUCAAUAGAAACAGGUAAAGAGUACGAUCCUGAUCGAGAUGCAACAUAUUUAAUGAGAUCAUCAUUGAAUGCACUCCACAUCUUGCAUUAUAACGCAAUGUCAUUAGACCAUCACAUAUAUUUUCACAAUAUUGAUUAUGAGCCUACAGAUGGUUCAGGGUUCGACAUUUGUAAAGAUUGGUUAGCAUUCACUUAUCAGAUGAAGAGAUAUAGUAACAGUAGAGUGCUUGCUCGUGGUUAUAUGUUUAAUGAAAACAGAAAAUGUGUCGCAACGGUUAUUCAAGAAGGAUUGGCAAUUCUAUUAGACGGGGUUGCAUCGACAGCAGAUAGAUCGCAUUUAUAA